AUGCCCAUUACAUUCUUACGCUGCGCAUCAUGGUGCUGUGAUGAUUAUUCAACAAAUUCAAAAACUCGAGAUCGAAUUCAAAAUCAAAGAAUUGUAACAGUUGAACCAAAACCACAACAAGUUGAAUUAGUCAAGGCAUCAUCGAAUUCGCUUUCGUCAGUGUCGACUUCAUCCACACAAGUUGGUGUACCACCAAGUUCGGCACAUUCGCAUUCACCAUCUCGAUCAAUAGAAUCCUCAAUUAACGAUGAAUUUGAUAAUGAAAAUUCAAAUAACGUUAUAUCGAACUAUCGUAGUGCAUUUGCUGAAAUUCGACGAAUACAAAUGUCACAUGUUUGA